UUUGACUUUUUUAAUGUAAUAAUAAAUCGACUACCUAGUUUACACUGUGUGAUCUGUAAGGAAGUCAGAUGACUACUUUUUUAUUAAGCAGUUGAUAGUAUUGUUUUAUUUGUGUAUGUCUAUAUGCCUGGUAGCUUAGACUGUUUACUUGAUGUGUACUGCCUUAUCAUUUGUUUGGUGAUAUAAAUUUUACAUCUAAGUUAUUCAAAAAAUAUUAAACUUAUUCAAUACAAUCUACGCGGUUAAUAGAUACAUUUAGAAAUGGUUACUUAUAGUCAGUUGCUCCAUACGUCGGGUAUGACAGAAGUAAUUUAGAAGAAAUUUAAGAGCCUCUAAAUCAAAAGAUGUUAUUAGUUCAUUAACUCAUUGACUGUUUGUUUGAGUCGUGUUGGUAUAUGGCAGUCCAUCUGAUUGUAGUUUACACCGUAACCACGGUCAUAGGCUUCAGGUAAUAUGACUUGAAAUCGAUCACUGACUCAUGCCCCUUUUAUCUUCCCCCAAAACAUUAGGUUCAAGUACUUCCUCAUACACACUUCAUUUUCACUCGUUCUUUUCGAACCAUACUUUCAGUGUUGAUGUUUCUUAACUGUCAUUGAUAUCACCAUUAUUUCGAUUCCUCUGCUAUUCAUCUUGUCAAGUUUGUCUCUUUAUGCUGGUGUAGCGUGACUAGUUGAGCCUAUUAAUCCUUUUUACCAGACUUUACGGUGAUUAUGACUGACUGUACAUUUAAAGUGUGAUUAUAUUUGGUCUGAGGAAUCGGUAAUCGCAAGGAAGUAUAUCAAUAACUAGUUUUUUUUCAAAGAAUCAACUAGUGUUUUGCAUGAAGUAGAGUUUCGUAAUUUAUAUUUAUAAACUGAUGUCGAUUCAUCCAUAGUUUAACUAAUGACUUCUUGUCUCCCAUAGAAAUAAUAGCAUAUUCAUGGAAAGCAGUUUCUGAAACUCUAUUUUUAUAUUAUGAUAUUGCUGAAGGAACCUAAUACAUGCAGUUAUAACGUAUCGAAAACAACUAGAUCACAUAGACUGGCAUUUUGUCGAAUAACCAUUUUGAUUCUCCCGUUAUCGUACUUACAAUACCUAUGGUUACAUCAUUUAUUUCAACAUUGAAUAUGAAUACUGGUGUAGCGCAACUUAGCGCCUGGCUUACUAGUCAAGCUAUUCAUGUACCUCCUGGUUGGAUUGAUGCUUGUGUGGCUUGGCUUGCUGAAGAGCAUGGAGGUAUUGAUGCAUGUAAUCAUCUUACAAAGUCUGAUUGGUGUCAAUUAAUAUAUGAGCAAUGGCUUCAUUCUGAUUUGAAGCAGUUAGAAUGUCCAGUUCUACCGUCAACUAUAUCUGCUUCAAGAAAUCCCCAUGACAGUUCGCUUAGCAGUGGUACUGAUGCAAAUACCAUGAAUUCACCUGCACUUAAGCUGGAUGGUGAACUUUGUCUUCAAGUUGUCAAUUUAUUCAACAUAGGUGAAUCAUACUAUGGUCAACUGAGACGAUAUGAGGGUAAUUUGAGCGUGAAUCUACCUUCAUUGGAAGUAGACAGUGAAAAUAAUCCAGAUGGACAUACUACACAAAUGACACAAGCUUUUAGUCAAUAUCUUAAUCAAAGUCCAACUCAAACAAACAAUUUUAGACAGUCAACAAUGGCCAAUUGUCUCACUCUAUUUCUUACUGAUGGAGUAAAUGAAAUCAAAGUUAUUGAAUUUGGCACCCAAUCCACAAGAUCACGAUCUUCUUUACCUUUUAAAGAAUUAUCAAAAAAACUUCGACCUGGAGUAAAAAUUCGUCUACGUGGACCAUUACUUUUACGUAAUAACGUCUUACUUGUUCCUCCCGGUGCUUUACAGUCACUAUCAAGCCAUCAAUUGGAAGUUUUAGGCGGUGAGGUUGAUGAACUCUUAGAAAACUAUGAAGAAAAUACUAUGUAUGAGGUUGGUAAACUAUUGGCUAAUAAACUAAAUAUACCAUUAACUGAAAAUAACAGCUUGCCGUCUUGGUUUCCUCGUGUAUCAUCUAGACAGUUACGCAGCCCAGCUGGUGAUAAUCUGUUACCCAGUAUAGAAGUGCCCGAUGAGCAGUCUAAUUAUGUACCAGACGUUCAACAAAACCGUAAUAAUAACAUUCCUAACAGUGGGAAUGGCAGAGAUCCACUAAGUUCUGUUCGUUACCCAUUGAGUACUGCUUCUACUGGUGAUAGGGGUGUCGUCGGUGGCAGUGGUAGCGUUUCUCCAGAAUUAUGGGAUGAUGAAAUAUUCGAUGAUGCAAUAUUGAGUCAUGCUGCUCAAUCUAUGGAGAAACAGUUAGAUUGUAGUAGAAGUGGUGUAUCGAUUUCACGAAGUUCUGUCCAUUCGUUCAAUGAUCCACUUCGUUUACCAACAAGUGUUAUAUCUGAUGAACGAGAGCGACUGUCAAAUGAAUCUAAAUUUAGUGGUCUUCAACGUACUCACAGUGUUGUUGAUGAGAGCGAGAACAAUGUUUCUAUUGAUAGCGAUGAUCCGUUUUUAGAAGAUCAAGUCGAUCCAGAUAUAUUGGCUUCUGCUCUGGCUGAAAUAGACGAACAACAGUCAAUGAAUUCUACAAAUUUUCCCAAAACUAAUCAGUUAAAAGGGAAUGAGAUGCGAAUUUUUCAAUCCAAUAAAAAUGUAUCCGAAACAACUGCAACUUCGUCAACAUUAUCAUCAACUGUAAUGAAAACAAGUACAGUAAGUCAACCGAUAAAAUCACAAAUAGAAUCAAAACAAAGUUUGAAACAAACGUUAUUAAAGCUACAGUCACGCAGUCGAUUAGUGAAUAAACUGAGUGAUAAUCCAUCACUCCCUUCUUCUUCUUCUUCUUCUUCUUCUAAACCGCAACCGACUGAACCAUUCUCACCAGAACUAGUAAAACCAGACAUCAAAAAAGUACAAACUAACAUCAACAACAAUGAAGAUCUUCUGCCACCAGUGCCUAAACGUAAAACAUUGGAAUUCAAACAAACAAACAGUACUAUUGCAAGUAAUAGUAAAUCUAAAAAUAUACUACAGUUUGCAUCUUCAUCCAGCCAUCAAGUUGUUUCAACGACUACAGAAGAUAAUCAUGAUAAACACAUGGUCAGUAGUAGACAACUGUCAUCCAGUUCAUUGGAAAUUGAUUAUCACUUUCAUCCAUUUUGUUAUAUUCAAGAUAUAUAUGAUAAACUACUUAAAACAAAAGAUAGUAGUAAUGGUUCAGCCUCCAUAAAUACUGUUUACACAAUUCGUGGUUUGCUUAUUAGUUUGUUGUCAUCAUUAGAACAUCAUAAUGGUACUAAAUGGACACUAGCUGUGCGAAUUACAGAUGGUAGUGCAAUUCUUGAUCUAGAUGUCGCUUCAGACUUACUAACUGAAUGGAUUGGUUUAACUCCUAGUGAAAGUGAAUCAUUAAGACGAUUGAGUAAAAUUGACUCGGAUUCUUCGAAUCCACUUGCAGUUCAAGAGGCACAGAAACAUCGUCAACGUUUACGUACAGCAUUAACAAAUUUCCAAAUAUUUUUAUCACAUUUAGGCGGUUUAUUCAAUAUUACAAUUCAAACAUGCAAUGAUAAUUUUGUAAAAUAUGGAAAGAAUACAGCAAACAAUACUAAUACUGCUAAUACUACUACUACUACUACUACUACUACUAGUAGUAGUAGUAGUAGUAGUAGUAGUAGUAGUAGUAGUAGUAGUAGUAUCGAUCAGUCAUCUUUAUCAUCAUCGAUACGUCCCAUUUUAAUAGGUUAUAAAGAAAUAGAUCAAUGUUGGUUGAAAGAAUUACAAAAUAGAAUUAAUGUUCGUUAUACAGAGAAAAGUUUGUUGUAAAAGAUGAAAGAUAAAUAAAUGAAUUUUCAUGUUAUUCUUAAUUUUGUAAAUAAAUGAAUUAAUAUAUUUGUGCAUAGUUUUAUGUGUAUUACAGUUUAUGUUUGAACAGUAUUAUUUUAUUACAUUCCAGAGGAAAUGUAAAAUUAUAUGCAAAUAUUUACUAUAACGAUGACAAAACAUACUAUCUCCUUUUGUUUUCUUAUUGGUUUUUGUGGUAAAUGAUGGAUAAUAAUUAUACUUGUGACAGUUUAAUGAUGUUUUAAUUGGUUGGAAUUGUACAAAGUCGACUAGGUUUUUCGUAAGGGCGAAUAUUAAUAAUCUGUGGUAUGGAUUAGUAGUAUCUUGAUUCGAAUUUUUCAUUGGUAAUUAGUUAUAUACAUCAGUAAAUCUUCUAAUUAAUCACUUGUAACCGACUUCCUAAAUACUUCUCUAGACUCUAUAUCUACACUUAAAAUCGUAUAAUAGGAAAAAGGCGCGAAUUAUGAGUAAAAGCUUCAAUUCAAAUUGAAUUGAUAUGCAUAAAAUCGGAUUCACUUGUCGGUUUUUUUAGUGACCUUGAUCUUCUAGAAACCUCCGUAGACUUCCGAAUGCAGUAUUAACGUAGGUGAUGUAUAAUCGUUCAUUUUCCCAGAUGGCUCUGGCGGGUUCCUUACAAUGCCGACCGGACAAAAUUUUUAAGACCCUUUCUGGACUUGAAGUGACUUUGUAGAAGGAUAUUUAUGAACUUCCGACAACACGAAUGUUAUUUUGUUGUAUAUUUAAGUUAUGAACAUCUCUUUUUGAUCGACUAGGUGAAUUAAUUAGAAAUCUAUUUCUCUGUUUUCAUCACCAAUAUAUAUAUAUAUAUAAUAUUAAGAAAACUCUAAUUUAUUGUCAGAUAUACUUUAUUAUUCAGCGUCACUUAUUACAGGUUUGCAUCAUGAAAUCAGUUGAUGAAGCCACUUGUUGGUCGGAGCCUGUAUUACAAGGCGCUGACCUCCUAAUCGUAACUUGUUCAACCCGAAUUCGACUUCAACAGCAAAAAGAGUGUGUAUUCAUCUUUUAUUAUCUUUUAGAUCUUGACCUUGGAUAGUCAUGAAGCUUAGUCUUGUUCAUGCUGUAGUUUGUCUACGGUUGCUCUAAUUGUGUCAUUUUAUAUUUUACUAUAUUUUUAUUUUGUUCUCGUUGUUUUUUAGUCCUUGUUAAGAUCCCUUGUUAUCAUCUUAAAUACCUUAUCGUUUUUAGUGAACUUCCUGAUGAAAAGCAACGUGUUACUAUAGUAUCCUACUUUUAGAAGCUAAAAAAAUAUACUUGUUAUUCUCUCUCUCUCUCUCUAUUUAUGUCCUAAAUUCAUUGCUCAUAACUGAACUCGGUCUGUAUAACGCUGAAUGGGUUCCAAUGAUAAAUGUCGGAAAUUUGACUGUAUCGAAUAAAGGAGAAGAAAGCUACAACCAUAUAAAUUCCAUUUAGUAUACCUAUAUCAAUCAUUCUCAUAUGAUUGAUACUAUUUUUAUGAAUAGAAUUAUACUAAUUGGAAUGUGAAGAUUGGCAUGGAUUACCAAUGGAUUAGACUGACUACAUUAGAAAUGGAUUAAAUUGAAAUAACUGGAUACUAUUCAACAAUACCUAAAGUUGUUGUUCUUAAUAAUUUUUUCUAGAAUUAUUAAAUUUCUUUUUUUUCCAAUAGUCUUCGAGAAAAAAAGUUAUUUGGAGGCAAUUAACUAUUCUCUUUAUUUCGUUGGUUCUACAUGUGUGAAUUUCAUUAGAACCAUGGUUUGACCUUAGUUAAACCGCCAUUAAAAACUUGGAAUUACUGGAAGAUCACUUCGUCGUAGUAUGGAACUUACCAGUAAUGACGAUCUUCGACCCACAAGUUAGAAUCGUAUUUAGGAUAUUCAGUUUUGCGCAAAGACUUUUAACAUAUAGACAACUGAACUGGCAUUCGACGGUGUUUAUAUCUAAGUUCAGUCAGUUCAUAAAAUCCAACAGUCUCCACAAUCACACGUUAUCAAAAUUAAUUAUUUUCCUUUUCAUUAUUUUGACCUGUUAGCAUGUAAGAUAACAUUUCAGCUAGUGAAUGAUCAUUGAGAGUCAAACAGAGUAGUGGACCAUCUUGUUAACCUUGUCACCGAUGUUACUGGGUUUCAAUGAUCUAUAUUUUUGGAUCCUUAUAAUUCAUAACUGACAUUAUUUUCACCAUUGACUAGAUUUGGAAAUUCACUUCAGUUUACAUGUAAAAUCAUGGUUUUUUAUUUCGUUUCAAGAUGAAUCGUCAGUACGUACAGCUUGAAAUAACAAGGAUGUUAGUCACUGCCAAGUAUCGUUUGAGAUUCAAUUAUUGUUUUAAUUAAGAGAAUCAAAAGUAGAUUAGCGCAAAAAGUACUACUUCAGGAUGCCAUUUUCUAAAACGUUUAGGUUAUAUUCAUGAUUGGUGCAUAUGAAAAGUUAUCUUUUGAUAAACAUAUUGUUUUUUUGUUGGUAAAGAAUUCUUUAAGGAUGAAAAAGCAACGGAGUAGUAAAUAUAUUAAGACAAGUAUAUUGUCCUACAAUAUGUAAAUUAUUUUUGUUUUUACAUUAAAGUAUAAGUUUAAUGGGGAUUAAACAAAAGGAGAAUGCGAACAAAUGGCAAUCAGGAUUAUAAUCAUUAAAUGUAAAUCAACAAUACAAAUUUCUGUCAUCGAUUGAUGUGUUGUGAGCAUCCAAACUGCACAAGUGUUGGAUCUUCACUCAACCACUUCGUUUAAUUUUGCUAGUAGUUUUUUAAGAUCACUGUUAAGAAGUGAUUGAAAUCAACUAAGUAUCUCAAACACUCAGCUGUUUUUUUUAUUAAUAUUCUGUCAAUGACUAAAUAGAGUAACUCAAAAGAGCACUAUCUGUUUUAGCAAAUAUUGUGGUGUGUACUACUGAUGUCGACAGAUAUAAGUAGUAUAUAUCAUCAUUCGAAAUUAAAAUGCCUGAAGGUAGAAGGUUAAGAAGGUCGGAAGAAAGAGAACAGAGAAUGAUUGAUAUGGAGACGAAAGAACAAUGAAUUCUGAGACGAUUGAUUGACAUUUUCUAGAAGGAACAGUCAACUUUGAGAUAAUUGAUUAACAGUUUGCAAAUGAAGUAUUUACUGUAUGGUUCCCAGGUUUUACUAAGAUGUUCUGUAAUUUUGUAUUCAGGUACAUUCGAUUGUCCCCAAUUGUGUUCUCGUUCACUACAAUAUAAUCUACUUUUCAAGAGUACAUGAAUCAGUAGAUAUAUUUAGAUAAAUUAAUGAAUUAGUUUAUUUUUAAAUCUCCUGUUAGAAGAAUUAGUUUAAAGCUUAGUGGAAAAUUUAUGUUACUGUACCACCUUUUAUUAUAAAAUUCUAUAACACUUCGUCGGUUUCUUGUUCCAAGUUCCAAUCAAUCUACGAUAUUACUUGACUUAAAUCCAUCUCCAUAAAUAAUUGAUUACCUAUUUUACAUUCGACAUCAUUAAAUUUCACUAUUCACAACUAAGCCUAAAAAUGUAAACCAUUGAAUGAAUAUUCAACAAUCUAUAAAUUAAACUUUCGUUACAAGCCAUUUAGAUCCUAAAUUCAAUCUCUCAUAUUGUCCUUAAUGCUCACUUAUCUUACUUACUUAUCUACAAUUAGUUUAUGGUGUAUCUUUAACCACUACCUAUUCUUACUUACAUUCUUAGUAAAAUGAUUCUAUUGUGUUUUGUUUUCUUUUAAAUCUAUUUUAUUCAUCUUUUAUGUAUUUCCUUUUAUUACGUUACAUGUUGGGAUAACAUUAUUAUUAUUAUUCUGAUUUUCUUUGUUAAUCUAUCAUGAUGUUGUUUUGCGAUUCUCUUUUUUGUUGUUAAAAAUUA